UCUUUGAUUCCCGGUAGUACUUUGUAUACUUCUGUGAGUGUAUUGAUUGGUGGACGUUUAACUCGUGUUCAUAAAUGCACUUUAUGUUCCUAUUCAUCAUCUGACACUUCAUGCAUGAAACUUCACUUAAGAAAGCAUACGGGAGAAAAACCUUUUGUAUGUAACAUAUGUGGGAAGAAAUUUUCCCAAAGGGGUUCAUUAUUAUGGAAUAGUCAUGAGUUGUAUUCUACAGUUAAAUUUACAAUCGAUCAGCAUUCCUAUCGUAAAUUUCAAUGCAAUCACUGUGAUUAUUCUUCUGUUCAAUUAUCUCACAUGAAGAGACAUUCCCUUAAGCAUACAGGCGAGAAACCUUUCAGAUGCUCGAUUUGUGGAAAAGCAUUCAAUCAAAAUGCUAAUUUAAAAACCCAUAUUGCAAUUACACAUGGAACCUGAACUAUGCUCAUUAUCUCAAAUGCAUGUACAUUUGAGUUAUGGUUUAAAAUUAUUCAGCAGAGAUUAAUCGACAAUGUCUGUCGAACAAUUUAAAUAUAAUUUUUUAUUAUUAUUUAGUUUUGUGUGAUUUAAUGAUUUAUAAUACAGUUGAAUACCGUUUUAGCGAAAUCCGAAAUAAUGAAAAUUUUAAUGUAACGAAUGUUUUCCGAAUCCCCAAAUGAAUCUCUAUAGAAACAAUUAAUUAAAAAUACUGAUAUUACGAAAUUCAAAAUCCGAUUUAACGAAGGUGAAAAUGAGCAACAAUUCCCAUUUUCUCUCAUGGUCAAAGCGCUUUUUCAUUCUUCAAAAGUAGACAAUGAUCUCAGAAUUCAAAUAUUUCUGCAUCUUCAAAAUAAAAAGUUUCCAAUAUGAAAGGGACAUGUCAAAAAAGACGAAUCACUUGGAAGGGACCACCCUAAAAAGACUGAACUCCAACCAUUCAUGUUUGAAGAAGUAAAAAUACACGUGGCUUUCCAAAACUGUGAGUUCCAGUUCAGUUGUUUGAACAUGUUCAUCAUUUGGAAAAGUUUGUAAUUCCUCCUGGCUCUAAAUCAUUUGUAUGGAAAAAAAUUACAGAUUAAGUCAUUUCUCAUAAAUUGUGUCACUCCUGCCCGCCAACUUUUUAUAACAACAAAAUCUCUCAUCGAUGGUGAUGUUACUCACACAAGCCAUCUUUUUAUAACAACAAAAUCUCAGAUUGAUGUUUCUCACCCAGGCCGUUUUUUUACCACAUCAAAAUUUGAAAUUGGUAACCGUAUUCGCCUUCUUCAUUGUUGCUGUCUUUGUGAAUAUUCAUCUGUUAAAAUGUCUAAUGUCAAGUCGCACAUUAAAACUCACACUGAUGACGCACAGUACUACGAUAUUGCCUCUGAUAGAAGCCCUCUUUUAAUAACUACAAAAUCUGUUAUUGGUAAUCGUAGUUGUACAAUUCAUCGCUGCAGUAUUUGUGGUUAUUCUUCUUUUAAAACUUCUAAUGUCAUAGGACAUAUUAGGAAGCAUACAGGUGAAAGACCAUUUACUUGUCCUAAGUGUGGGAAGGCAUUUGCUCAGAAAAGCAAUUUGAAAACUCAUAUCAUGCAAAUGCAUUCUGAUACAAGUGUUCCUAAUACUCAGUUGUAUACAUCAUCUGUGCAGUUUCUAGCUGGGCAUAACUAUCACCUGUAUCACUGUACUUUAUGCAGCUAUUCUUCCUCCAAAUUGAGUCAUGUGAAACAGCAUAUACGCAAGCACACAGGCGAAAAGCCCUAUAAAUGCCCCUUCUUAUUUGUGCACCAAAAUUUUAUUAUUGUUCUAAACCAAUUUUUUUCUUUAAUUUUAGGUUCAGUCAAGGCUCCUGCAUUAAGUUGUGAUCAAGAGAUUUUCUAUACUGAUAAUGUAGUAAUAAGUGGCCAACUCACCACCCUAUACCGUUGCCAAUGUUGCAAUUUUUCAGCUUACUCAUUGUUUGGAAUCAAAAGACACAUACGUGUACAUACUGGUGAAAAGCCAUUUGUGUGCGACCAUUGUGGACGAAGUUUUUCUCAAAAAGUUAAUUUGAAAACUCACAUGUUCCGAAAACAUUUACUAAAAUAAGAAAAAAAUUAAUUUUUUCUCAAGAUACACACCUGCAAUGGCACCUAAAGAAACGUGCAUAUCAUUUCGAAGGACAAUUAUUAGUGAUGAUGGCUCUAAAGUCUCGUGCAAAGUUUACCAGUGCCCAUUCUGCCCUUACACUUCUAAUUAUCGAUGGUGCGUGAAAC